AUUGGGAACUUUUAUCAGCGGGAAAAGCUUUGCCUCAAAGGGUUUAUUUCCCACCUGGUCACUCUGAGAGAAACCUUUGGAGGAGCAGCGAGUGGGGAUUUUUGGCCGUUUUCCCAGGUGUGUCGGCGUUUCCAUGGAUUUGCCAGCAGAUGGCGAAGCGAUCCCGCUUCGGGAUCCCGCGGGUCGGGAAUGCGGGCACGGAGAGGCUCUGGAAUGUGGGAUGCGGGCACUGCAGCUCCGACCGGAGCCACCAUAAACCCCGGGGGUUGGACGUUGCGGAGGCAGCGGCGAGACCGGGGAACUGCUGCAGCUGGGACGGGAACUCCAAGCUCAGGUUGUUUGUGCCUCAGUUUCCCUGAGCUCUGCUCCUGAUCCACCCAAGGAAGAUCUGUGCUGGCAGUUGGAUUACAGGAGUUAUGGUGAAGGAAUUGCCAAAAUAAAGCAGCUCCAAAAAAAUGUGUUUGUGCCUCAGUUUCCCUGAGCUUUGCUCCUGAUCUACCCUGGCUGCAAAAUCCAAGGAAGAUCUGUGCUGACAGUUGGAUUACAGAAGUUCUGGUGAAGGAAUUGCCAAAAUAAAGCAAAUCUCUCCCUUGCUGGCUGCAUAAAGGACUUCAAACGAUGUGAUCUUCAACCUUUUAUCAUUCCUGGACCUUCUCAUGGCACAGCCUCAGGGAAAUCUUUGCAUCUGAAAAAAUCUUUGUGGGAAGAACAGGAAUAUUUGUUCUGGGUGGUGGGGAACUGGUAGAGAUUUGCAGUGUCCAAGUACAUCAAGAUCCCCUCCUGAAGUGCUGGUAGGACACAGAGAACCUCUGGGUUUCUGGGAUUUUUAACCAACAGCCCACCCUGUAAAGAAAUCAGCCCCCCCUGGAGCCACCCUCUGAUGGGAGCUGAGGGAAAAUAGGGAAGAGCCUGGGAAAUCAGGCAGGAUUCUGAUUAUCCUCGUGUGUGAUGCCGAGUGCUUAUUCCAAGCCACAUAUUUUUUAGCUCUACCACCCGUUCCCCCGUGCAGCUUUACAAACUUCCCAGAAAAAUGGUGAUUUCUCCGAGAUAAUGAAGGGGAGGGACAGAGCAGGGCUGAGGGGAGGGAGCAGGGAAUGGGCACUGAUUUAAAUCUGCCUGGCACACGGGCCAGCUCCACUUAUCAGGGAGUCUAAUAGGAAUGUGAAGAGAAUAGGCUUGACAGCUCAUUAGAAUGUGAUCCCUCCUCUUUUUUUUUUUUUUUCUUCCCUUUUCUUUUUUCUUUUGCUUUUCUUGAAGUUGAUGGAAACUCCUUCGGGACAGAAGGACUUCUCUGCCGAGGUAAGGCAGGAGCUGAGGAGGGUUUUGCCAACGUGCAGCUGGGGAAAGGAGCAGCGGGAAAAACCAGACCCUCCGAGGUACCUGAAAUCCUGCCCGGUGUGAGGGGAGAUGAGGAUGCAAAAGCCACGAGGUUCUGCACCCUGACAGCUGCUGCUCAUCCUCAGAGAAAAGGGAAAGCUCCCUCAGCUAGAGAGGGAGACAAACCACACUUGGGGAAACUCUCCCUGUUCCCGGCGGAGCUGGGGACGCUCUCGGAUUCUUUGUUUCUCCUCGUUUUAAGUUUAAUGGUGUGAGAAGUCUCUCUUCCCCCGACAAGGCUGUGAUGCUUCCAGCCCCUCCAGAGGAGCACUGGCUGUAGCAACCUUGGAUUACAGUUCCCCAGCAUCCUGGAAGGGAAGGAUGAGGACUUGUCACUGAGGAAAGGGGGAAGGAUCAGCCCAGAGGGAACGGAUGGAACGCAUCCAAACCUGCUCUGAACCCAACACGAGGCUUCAAAUGACAGCAAGUGAACCCUCCUGGUGAAGAGGAACAACCAGAGCCCCCCUGAUGAGUUCGUGUUGUCAGCUCUGGCCUGAGCAACUGUUGCCCAGAGCAGUUUGACUUCUCAUAGCUGAGUGCAUUUAAAACAAGUCUGAAGACUUAUUUGAGGGGGGUAGAAGGGAGAGCAACACUUCAAGGUGGGUGGCAGGACUUUUCAGGGCCUCUUGUAUUUAUGUAAAGCUCCCAGAGGCUGAAUGGACUUACCUCCUUCUCCGAGUGAAUCCAGAUUUUAAACAAGUUGAUCUGUACCGUUUCCAUGUGUCCUGCUUGAGCAGAGACCUCUCAGCAACCAGCACAUCCAUCUCGCUGCCCAUCUGACAUUGCACAGCCCAGAGGAUCUUCUUUAGCACUUCUGACCCUGCUGCUUUUUAUUUUUGGAGAGAGGACUCUGUUCCUUUAUUGGUGGUGAAGGUUUUCUUUUUUUUUUUUUGUGCUUGGACUUGGCCCCUCCCUCCCUUUCCAAAAUGAAGGGGUGCACCUGGGUGUUUGUGGCAACUUUACUGUGUCAGCAGUUUUGCCUCUUCAGGGUUUCAGCAGCAAAGAGAGAGAGGAAGGUGAAGAAAGAACCAAAUCAGUACACAGAGCCCUUCAACACCACCCUGUCCAACAGUGAGGAGCUGCACGGGCAUCCCAAGGUCCUGGAGUCUGCAGACCCCCGGAUCACAGACCCCCGGCGCACCUGGAUCUCCUUCGUGCACCGCCCGGACGACGGGAACACCUCCAAGAGGAGAUGCAAAGGGAAGGACAAGAAACUGCGUGGCCUCGUUGGGCCCCCGGGACCUCCUGGGCCUCAGGGACCUCCGGGAGCCCCUGGAGCUGAAGUGACCCGGGAAGUCCUUCUGCAGGAGUUUAAGGAGAUCUUAAAAGAAGCCAUCGAACGUCGAGCAGCCCUGGCUGUCUCAGCCCAUCCCAGCCAGCUGCCUCCACUCCUGCUCUCCCUGGAGGAGGUUUCAUCCCACAGGCGUGUGGAGGAGGCUUUCCACUGCAAGCUGAAGGGGCAGGUCACCGUGGAUAAGAAGACCCUGGUGGAACUUCAGAAUUUCCAGUCGCCUCUGGCCAAAGGAGCUUUCCUGCGAGGGACAGGGCUGAACUUGGCCACGGGACGGUUCACGGCGCCCGUCUCAGGCAUCUACCAGUUCUCAGCCAACAUCCACGUGGACCACAGUGAGCUGAAGAGCAAAGUGCAGCUCCGAGCCAGGGACAACGUCCGGGUGUUGAUCUGCAUCGAGUCCCUGUGCCACAGAUACACGUGA